AUGCUGCCGUUACGAUCGGCGAAAUGGAGGCUAGGGCCCUCAUCACAGGAGGUGCUCAUGUGCUCGCGAUGUCUCCUUCAAUCGCGGUCGCAGCUCCCCGCCGCGACUCGGAGCUUCUGGUCCUCGUCCCAGCGGCGGAUGGGUGUUGCGGCUAACCAGGGCAACUCCGUCUUUAACAAGACAUACUUCUCGGCCAAUCGUCUAUAUGAUGCGACAGGAUUGAGGGGCGGAUUCAUCUCCUCGUUCAUCUCCACGGCCUCCGAUCCUUCAUCUUCCCCCAAAUCGCCCACCCGCCCUUCACACGCACCGAAUGAAACCGUCGGCUCGUCCGAGACGACAUCCGCGAAUGCCACCGCCGCCGACGAAAGUCAUACUGAACUGCCUCACAGACGCAGAAAGCGUCUCAAGGCGUUGGCGGAACAGGAGAAUGGUGCUGCAGAGCCCGUCAUACCACUCGAUGCUUCGGCGCAAUUAUCGAAGCUCUCCUCUUCUCUCCCUCAAACCUCCAUCCGCCGCAAACUGGCCGCGUUCCUCGCCCUUACGAAGCCUCGACUGUCCUUUCUUAUUGUGUUGACGACCACUUCUGCAUACGGAAUGUACCCAAUCUCGUCUCUUCUCGCGCUCGAUCCGUCAAUCGCUCCCCUCCCGACUCUUUCAACAUCCACCCUCACUUUCAUAUACUUGACGGCCGGCACGUUCCUUUCGUGUUGCAGCGCCAACACAAUCAACAUGAUGUUUGAGCCCAAAUAUGAUGCCUUGAUGUCCCGGACGCGCAACCGUCCCCUCGUUCGAGGCCUUGUUUCAACCCGCGGAGCUCUGCUCUUUGCCAUCGGCACCGCGGUGGCUGGCCUCGGUUUAUUGUACAUUGGCACAAACCCCACAGUCACAGCACUCUCCGCGGCGAAUAUUUUCCUCUAUGGCUUUGUGUAUACUCCGCUCAAGCGCAUCAGUGUGAUCAACACCUGGAUCGGCGCCAUCGUGGGAGGUAUUCCGCCCUUGAUGGGGUGGGUUGCAGCUGCGGGACAGACGGCAACCACGGGUCACGAUACGUGGCGCGAUAUGCUUCUCAGCGAGGACAGUAUUGGUGGCUGGCUACUUGCUGGCAUUCUGUUUGCCUGGCAGUUCCCCCACUUUAACGCACUGUCACAUCUCAUCCGGGAUGAAUACAAGGCCGCCGGAUACCGGAUGCUCUGUUGGGUCAACCCUGCGAUGAACGCCCGAGUUGCCUUGCGAUAUUCGGUCUUGAUGUUCCCCAUUUCUAUUGGUCUUUGGUGGGUCGGCAUCGUCGGCCAGGGGUUCCUGGUUGGAAGUACGAUCGCCAAUGGCUGGCUUGUCCGUGAAGCCUAUCGCUUCUGGCAACAUCAAGGCGCCCAAGGAUCUGCACGAGGAUUGUUUUGGGCCAGCAUCUGGCAACUUCCCAUUCUUUUGGUAGGCGGUCUCGUUACAAAGAAGGGCCUCUGGGAUGGCCUGUGGCGCAAGAUCUUUGGAUACCCAGAGGAGGACGAAGACGACUACCUGUAUUAUGUGGAUGGCGAAGGAGAAGAGGAGGCGGAAGUUUCUCAAAGAGAGACAGUCGGGACUUCAACGAAGCAGUCACCUCUCUUGACAACAACAUAG